CUUCGAACUUUUGGCGUCUGCGUAAUAGAUUCAUGACUACUCAGCAACACAGUAGCGAAUUCAAGGGUAUUGCCGAGCGUUUCCAUGCCUGUUGCCUUCGAAUAAUUGGUGACGAAGGACUAAUAAAACGAGCGCGAUUAGAUUAUUUGCAUGAAUUACGGAAACAUUUAUUUCUACGUGUCGCUGAUAGCGAAAACCCAACAUUGGCGGAUUGUGCAAGGCAGCAGGUUCACAGAAUUCAUGAAGAACUACGAAUGAAUAUUUGCAGAACACCAUUUAUGAUUUUUGAUGCGCGGGCUUGGUUGACAUUUUCCGCAGAAACUGCAAGCUAUCAGAGAUGUCUUUGCCUACUUGCCGUUCAAACCAACAAUUUCAAAUUUUUAUAAACCAUUUAUUAUAAUUAAUUUCAAAAUAUUUUUUUUUUUUAUUUUACAGUUUGAAACAAUGGAGUCCUAAACGAGGGUUGCUCGAAACACACGCCAACACUCCUAUGAUGAAGGCAAGCGAGAUGUACAUUCUUAUUAGACAGCAGUUGAAACUGAGGUAAGCUGUGAGGAUCACCUGGUGCAGAGCAGUCAGUAAUUAUGCCAGAGAAGGACACGAGCGGGAGGUAACAAUACGUCGUGUCAAGUCAAGGCAGAAUAAUUCAGUGCAACGGGUUUUGAGGAGCUUGACAAGGACUGCGAUACUGUCAACUGCACUUGAAGGAGUGGAAGUGGAAGAUGGACAGAAAGCUAUUGCAGGGCUUCCUCAGGCGCAAACUCACUUUAAGCCUGAUUUUUUGAUUCUAUAUUUAGUUUACUGCAGCACGUAGGUGUCGAAUAAGAUUGUUUUUCUUCCGCACUGUAUUCUUGCAUUUAUUAGUAUUUAAGUAUA